GCAAUAAGUUUCCACAUGUUUGAACGCUUGCACACCUGGGCAGACUUGUCAUGUGGAGUGUACAUGUCACUAUUUGCAUUGAUGUAUUCAGAAUUACUCAUCUUAUGCCGUGUUUGGUAUGCCUAGGUAGGUGAGCAUUAACGGGUUUUAUAGACUGAACGAAACCAGUCUCGUGAUCGCGGAGCAGAGCGCCCUGGAGCAGUGUACAUGCCUGAAUCAUGCUCAAUCAUCAAAUGGCUCGGAACGCAAUGGAUACGACUGGCUCGGCUUUGCAAACUCCCUCACCUCGUCGUUCCUGCACAGCACGCUCUAUCGAAUUGGCACCCGUGCAGGAGGAAUAUGGGAAUCCCCCGUCGAGUCCGUCUGUCCUGCCACACACAGUAGUAGAACCCUCCCGACAUCUCCCCUGAUGACCACCAUGCGCCAUCUGCGAAAGACGAGAACUCCCGCAGGACAUCCGUGUUUCAUCGCAUGCGAGCAAUCCGGUUUUUCUGCCUACCUUUUUUCCCCUGUCGUGGUUCACACGCAUGGCUCCCCAUCCCGGAGUCGUGUGCCGCCGUCGGACGCGUGGCCCUUUCUACUGUCCUCUACCUUCUCAGUCUGCGUUCUGAUCGCCGGACGCCCGGUUUGGGCCGCGGAGGAAACGGCUUUCUGCGCCUUCGCUGUGGAAAGAGCAACCGAGCGGUUUGAGGAGGAACAGCCCGUGUUGGAAAAGUGGAGCUCUCUUCCAGCUGCCCUGCUAUGCGCGCUGCGUUUCAGGAUGCGUUUCGACCUGUUCGGCUCGAACGCGGGAAGCGAGCUGCAGGGGAAAGGGUUCGGGGAUAGAGGGGAGUCUGCCCCAACAUCUUUCGAAGCUGGAGUGCAUGUCUUCUUCCCAGGACGGAAGGACAUAGACGGAGUACUUCAUAUCUGAGUGUUGCUUCAUUGGAUACAAUAACCAUUCGGAAGGGUAUAGGAAAACGGGAAUAUACAGUUCUUAUCCAGCAUGGCCAGGGAUAUUGGACUCGUCAAUCUCUAGGCCUGUUGAACAUAAAUGUGGAUAUGUGUUUAACUAGGGUUGUAGCUAUUCAUGAAUGCCAUUCAGGGUU